AUGACUGCCUCUGACUACCAGAAAGUACCAGAGGCCUGGGGCUGUGAUGGAGAUAGUGAGAGGGGAAUAAAGGCCCCAUUUCCCCCAUCAAAACCUACUCACUGCUGACCAGGGAGAAAGAACUCUUAUUAUCUGUUUUUCCUAGGUAAUAGAUUGCAGUGAGUUUAUCAUUUGCGGUGAUAUUUAUAUUUCGACAGAUGCCUACCAUGUCUUUUUAUCUGGCCUCUUGACAAAUAGAUGAAUGCAGUGUGAGUUUGAGCGGUGGUCAGACACAUGGUUAACAGCCCACUGGUGAGACAUUUUCUGUAUCAGUCAGCGGCUAAUCCAGUACAGCGCCUGUUCUCUCAGACUGGAUAUACUGCACAUUUUUCUCUUCAACCAUGUCUGUCAGCUCCCUGAUUUUAUUAGGCUAUGUUUCACAUUCAGUUAUAGUGGUUUUCUCCGUGCCGCUUUGUGAGUGAAGCAUUGCUGAAACAGGGGCCGUACAUGUCUCCUGUGAACCAAAUUUUUGGCGCAAUUACUCAGAUCAAUGGCAGGUGGUUCUGGUUUGGCUCCUCAGAUCUCGCUUCUCCUUGCAGCCUCUUUUUCUCUGUAUGGGCUGUCAAUCAGCAGGAUAACUUUUAACCACCUCCAAACAGAGCUGGCUGCCAAGCAUUUAUUUAGCCACUCACUUUUAUUCGGCCCUCCCGUCCGACCUGUCACAGCGUUACACACUGUUGACCAUGCUUUCUAUUCAACAAGGGCAAAUUAAUUGGUUUCAGUGGUUUAAAUCGGCAAUCAAUGUCAGUUUCCCAACAUAAUAAGGCUUAAUCAUAAAUCUGUGAGGUGUGGCCUGCCUGACCUCUAUUCAUCAGUCCCUUUUACAUGGUCUCAUCUGGGUGGAGCAAAUGAACUACCCCUGUUUUGAUUUUCCGAUUGACGUGUCACAUGAAACGUUGCCACUCUCAGAAUAUGGCCCUUUCCCUCCCUCCGUCGCUCCCUCCCUCUCUUUAUCCCAGGCAUCAGUUUCUCACCCUCCCUCAGUCCCUCAGAGAACAUACAAGGCACUAAGAUAGAGAGAAAUGUCCAGUGUGACAAAGGUGGACACAUUUGUGUGCCUUGUUUGCGCGCCCAAUGAAUUCUUUCAAUUCAUGAGUGAGUGAGAGAAAGACAGCGAAAGAAAGAAUGAAAGAAAACAAAUCCCCAAAGAAUUAGGGGUGGGACUAACUGUAACUAAUGAGCUGUUAUCCGGCCAAUCCCUAGAAUAGAGCCGCUUAAUCAAAGCAGCGUUGAAGGUAAUUUCCUAAUUUCCACCCCCCCCCCCUACAGAAAUCCAUUUAUGAGAUGAGAAUGAAAGAGAACAAAACUGCUAUUCUUUUCAUUAGAUGCUGUACAUUUUCCAAUUUGGUUGACCAGCGCUGGCGAAGCAUCCUAUUUUUGGAAAAUAAAAUAAUUAGGAUAGUCGCGGAGAAAGCGGGCCACUGUGUGCCGACAUUCCAGAUGUCCAAACGGCAGUUGGACCAACCAAACUUUUCUGGGCAACGGCUGCCAAUGAUGACCUCAUAAGGAGCAGGCCAAAGACUGAGGCCCACAGUUCUCCUGCCAUGCAGAAGAAUACCCCCCCCCCCCCUUUCAUAAUCCAUUCUGUGUCUCCAGUGUCCCUCUCUUUUCCUGUCCCCCUGCAAAAUUAUUCCUUCAUAAUUAGCCAUUGUUCCUGCUCUUUUGGCGCGGCUCUCUUCGUUUUUUCAGGGCCCCCUUUUCUCUCCUCCCCCCUUCUCUUCUCUCCUCCCCCCUUCUCUUCUCUCCUCCCCCCUCUGUCCCCUAUAUACUCAUUGUGUAUCUCUAGGAAACUUGUGAUGCCUGGUAGCCCCCCCAGCCCACUUGUUUGGCACCCCCAGCCCUCUCCACAGCUCUCUGCACUGUGGACUGUGGGAGAUGUUACACUUGGUUUGUUCAAUCUGAACUCUUUGCUCUAAACUCUCAAGUGCAUAGAAGUUAUCUUUAUAAAUGACAGAAAGGACCUGGCCUGAAUGGCGCUUUGUUGACUGUUUUCCUAAUAGGGCCCCCCACUAUAUUUCAUCUGUCAGUCGCUUUUCUUUACUCCAACAAUGCUUGAUUGUUUCCAUGAAAACUUCAGGUUCCACAGACAGGAGAAUUCUGUAUUAUUAUGUUCCUGCCAAAUUCCGAUCUCUGUUUUCCUUCCCCUGCACUCACAAAGGGCUCAUAACUUACUGUCAACUGGGAGGGGAGCCACAAAGCUCCACUGUUGCUCAGCAAAUAGCCUGUGUUGGUUGAUGGCUUGACUGGCUGUAAGUUUGCUUAACUGCAGUGGCAGUGACAGAAGGCACUUUGGGAACUGCAUCCCCCAGAAGGCCCAGACCUCUACACGUUGUUCAGAGAGAGAGAGAGAGCAGGGGAGUGUAAGAGAGAGACAGAGAAAGAGAGGGAAGGAAAAAACAAGUAGCUUUUCUUGCCUCUCAAUCUCUUUAGCGUCAGGCAGCUGGCUGGACGAGAGAGUGGUAGUGCUGAAGUGUGCAGUAGUUCUGGUGCUGUUCUUUAGUGUGGGUGCUGCUCCUAUGUGUGCUGCUCCUGGCUGUCCUCUAGUUCUGUCGUCUAGCUCUGUCCUUUACUUCUCCUCCUCGUGGAUGCCUUCUGAGACAGAGUACUGUGGAACAGACGGGAAAAGGACUGCACUGGACGUCUUGGCCUGUCAGCGAGUGUUCGUGAGUGUGUGUGGUUGUGUAUGUGAGAGGUGUGUGUGUGUGUGUGAGAGAGUGUGUGUCUGUGAGAGAGAGAGAGAGAGAGAGAGAGAAGAGAGAGAGAGAGAGAGAGAGAGGAGAGAGAGAGAGAGAGAGAGAGAGAGAGAGAGAGAGAGAGAGAGAGGAGAGAGAGAGAGAGAGAGAGAGAGAGAGAGAGAGAGAGAGAGAGAGAGAGAGAGUGUGUGUGUGUGUACCCCUCCAGCUCCUGGUGAACUUAGGAGGUGUUAUGCCAUCCAGCGCUGAAGUUGUCUCUCUUGGAUCGGGGAGGAGGGCCAGCGGCGGAGGGGGCCGUUGGUGGAGACGAGCGGCUCAGUUUGUGAGUGUGUGCUCCUCGACCCUCACUGGGUAGACAGACAGACAGACAGAGCCACUUCAGCGCACUCACACCUGCAUCAGCCUCUGUUAUCAGGCUCUGCCUAGCGGCUAGCAAGGGGGGGGGGGCAGGACACCAGCCAGGCUGUCUAACUAAUCCAGCUGCACAAGUGUUUAAAGUGAGACGCAAGACGGCUCCUCCAACAGGAUAUUAUUGCAAAUAAUUUACUGUGCAAAGUAAUUAUCGAUGCUCUGCUCAAUAUCUAAAGUGUGCACUUGAGGAGGCUUGCUUAAUUUGCUCUGGGUGGCUAUCUUUUUGAGUGUGGGUUUUAGACGUAGUAACUACGGCGGUUUCUAAUAGCGAAAGCAUCAGGAGAGAGAGUGAAGUGGGGAUGAAGUGCUUGUGUAAUUGAGUUGACUUUUUGAAGGGGGAAGGUCAACAUUUAUAGAGGAACAAUUUAAACACAUUCAUUUGGACAACUCUCUCCAACUACCUUGUUAGGGUGUAUGUAUUUCCUCAGCCAUUUGCCAUAUUUUUAUAUCAUUACCCAUAAUUACUUCGUCCACUUGAAUUUUUGUCCUUGGAAUACAUUUUUAUAUUAUUGUCUGAAAUAGAUAUCAUAGAAGUGAGAUGUUCAUUUUACUUUUUAAUUUUAACAUCUCUAUAUUUUUUAAUUUUCCUGAAAAAAAGCUAUAAUGUCUGACGGAGCCAUUCAUUUGUAGAAUCCACAAAAUCUAAAUAGUGUAAAAUAAAUCUGAUUAUCAUAAAUAAACUAUGAAAUAGACUUCAAAAAUAAUAUGAGUUCACAUCUAAUCGUCCUUAUAGAUGAGUUUAUGUUCAGAUAUUGCAACCAUUUUAGUUCCUCUCCAUCGAUUUCUUGUUUACUGGGUCUCAUAGGUAGUGUUAGCUGCUGUGGAAUGUGUGUGUGUGUGUGUGUGUGUAUGUGUGUGUGUGUUUGUGUGUGUGUGUGUGUGUGCACGCUUUAUAUAGAGAGUGAAGGCGAGAGGUAGAAGCUGAAUCAUUAUUAUAUGUUUAUGUAUGGGGGGCCAGGCUCAUCUGAGACACAGUCACAAUGGAAGGUGAUCAUUAAUUAUGCUAAACGGCAGUGAGUGUGUCAGUAAUUUUCCAGCUGGGAGCUGUCAGGUAGAAAUAUCUUAUUAUGCCAGGUGAAGACCCUGUGGAUCCCUGCUAUGUCACCUGGGACAACAGGGAGGAAAUAGGAGGUUACAUAGACCUCUAGAGGAAGACAGAAAAGUAUCUCUUUACACAUUGUUGUGAAAUCAAAAUACUUUACAGUUCCACCUUUGUAUCACUUUUGAGGUUGUCUGUCUUUGGAAAAUCAAUAUUUCUGAUGUAUUUGUUAUAUUUUCCCAUUGUACGUUGUACAUAAUAACUUCCAUAGAUAGACAAUAUUGAAUGUCUAUUGAAAGGAAAUUCAAUAGAUAUUUUCAAAUGUAAAGAAAUAUGGCCUUGAAUCCUCAAAUGAGUUAGAUUUCUUUUAUUUUUAUGUAUUGUAGAUUGCUUAAACUAAGUUGAAUACUAGAACUUAUAUGAACUCUUUCUCUCUCCCACUAUGUGUGUGAGCUUGUGAUCUGGAGUAAAGCCUGUAUCUUCUUUGUGUAGACAGUGUAGCAGCUCUGACAAUGUUCUCACAGUGCCUUCACCAGCAUGGUGUGUAAUGCAUUUACUCCCUUAGAAUGACAUUUCAUAAGGUGCACCAAAUGGUUCUUGUGCUGGCCUGCGAUAACUGCUCGUAUUUACAUUUUUGUUUUCCAUUGUUAGUAUGGUGUAAUAUUUGUGUAAUAUAUAUUUAACCUAAUAUCUAUGUUCCAGUCGAUGUUGUCUAAAGACAUCAUGCUGUAAUUUUCUUUUGAGAUGUUCACACAAUUUUCAGUUUCCUUUGUUUUAAAAUAACUUUAGAUUUUUCUUUAGAAAAAGUCAAAAGAUUCCAUUAAGGAAUAUUUCCCCAAAUCAUUAUCAUUUAUACCUUUUAUUUUCUGCAUUUUGGUGUGUGUGUGUGUGUGUGUGUGUGUGUGUGUGUGUGUGUGUAUGCAUGUAUGUAUGUGUGUAUGUGUGUGUGUGUAUGCCUGCACAUCGUUACCCAUGGAAACUUGAAGCUCUGUCAUAAAGCAGCUUUUGCCAUAUCCAGCUUUCCCAUCGUUAUGUCCUAAAACAAUGGCCCUCUUGUUUUAACAACUUAUUUGAUUAUUUCUCUAAAACAUUUUGGGUGGUGGUGUCUGAGGGAAAGGGGGCUAAUAUUUUCCUCCUGAAGUGACCUGUGAUUAAGGCUGGGAGAAGAGGGAAGGGGCGUGGGGGUUGUGGGGCACGAGGGGGGGGGGGGGGGGGGCUGGUGUGGAGUUACUUAUCACCAUUGUCUAUAAAAGGUCAGCAGUGUGAAAGAGCAGAGACAGCGGGCUGAAAGUCAGAGCUUGUUACGACAGAGGAAGAAAUGGGAUAGCCACAGACACACGGCCCCAGUCAUAAGACCUAGGGUCCUCUAAUGCUAACCAAUUAAACAGAGGUUGUUGCGUGAUGAAACAUUAUCAGUGGCAACAAUUCAUGACUCAAAGCAUUCCAGGCCAUAUGAGCCUUCACUGUGGGCAGGAUUGUCAGCUAUAUAUAGGCCCUUUUCUCCUUCUUUCCUCUGCAAAGUCACUGGGGCGUUGGCUGGGAGAAGACAGGCAACAUUUCAUGCACUUAUUGAUUAGCUUGGUUUGUUAGCUGUCCAUUGUUAUUGUGUAAUCAAGCAUGAAGGGAGACGGCUUGUCAAGAAUUCACGCCAGAGAGGCCUCUUCAGUUUGCCAUAUUCUCACUGCUCAAUAUACACAAAGGCACAUAUUGGGCUUAUUUACUAGAGAAACACAUUAAAUUAUUGAUAAGAGUAAAGGAAUUGCAGCAGCGCAGAAGCAAUGUACAAACGGGUUGUUUUGUUGAGCCUUUUUUAUGAGUGUCUUACCAGAGCCUUGGAUACGCUGUUAUUCAAUGUUUCACAUUCACCACUGUCGACCUGGACCCCAGUUGCUCUCCUACUCUAUAAAACACCUUAUGUUUUAUUGUUUAAUUCAAACAAUUCUGCAAUCAAACGCUCACGUUGUGUACCAUUAUAUCCCAGCAUAUGCUUUGGGGACUAUAUAAUGUACAUAUUGUUGCCUUCUGACAUUUUCUGAGACUUAUUGCAAUAUCCCUCCCUCCCUCUCCCUUCAAUAAUGAGAGCUGGUAUUGUAUAGGGCCUCUGAGAGGUUGGGGGGUGGGGCACCCUCGCUCUGUGCUCUCUUUAGCUGAGCGUAGCCCUCCCAGCUCUGCUAAUAAAUUAUUAACUCCCACUGACAAAUACUGUUACGGAGCCUGCCGCAGAUCUGUUGCAUUUUCUAACAAGAUUGCUGUAGACACAUGUUACAGGAGGAUGGAGUCAGCCCUGUUCACUCUCUCUCUCUCACGCCUCAGCAGCUUGACUGAUGGCUGGAGACCGGGGUAAAAGUGCCUGAGAGACUGAAUAUUUUAGUGGUAAAAUAAUACCACUUGAUUUACUGUGUCAUACAAAAGAAGUGCUUUGUUUCACUCUCACACUCCAUUGAAGACGGGAGCUUGUUGUGUUGGAGGCCCGGGCUUUUUGGAUGCAUGAAUACAAAAUGUGGCGGAAUCUCCUAACUCCACCCCUCUCCCCUCCCCUUCUCAAACCCCUCUCCACCCCCAUCUUCCUCCCAGCACACCAUCACUCUCAACAUGCAUGUUCUGAACUUUGCUCUGAAUUAAAAUGUUCAAUUAACACUCAAUUUCGAGAUCAUUUUCUAUUUGAUAUAAUUACAGGAAACAAUUUAUUGUCUGAUUAAAAUUGAGGGCUGGGUCUCUCUAAAGAAAACAGUAGACAACACAGGCCGGUCAGAGAGAGUGUGAGGCUCCUUCCCUCCCAGCGUUACGGUACCUGACAGACUGGCCGUGUUGACACAGCUGCUGGGGCCUGGGUGAUUAACGUGGCCUGCCAUUUUCCCAUUUUCACCCUAACCACCACCAAAAAUACUGAUCUAUAACUACGUGCCUCUGUGUAUGCGUGUGUGUGUGUUUAGGUGUGUGUGUGUGUGUGUGUGUGUGUGUGUGUGCGCGUGUGUGUGUGUGUGUGCCUGCCUAUAAGAGUUGGAUGUCCUAAUACGUAUAUGUGUUUUCAACACUCUUUAUUGUAAUGCCUUGUGAAAUACAGUAAUGUGCUGGCUCUGAACUCACUUAAUGAACUGUAUUUAACAAUUCACAUUGAGAGUGCCAGUCUGCUCGGCUGUUCAGCGGCGUGUGUAAAAGGAUGGCACGCCUUCAAAUGAACUAGUCAUUCUUUAGUGGAGCUGAGGCUGCUGAGUGCUAUCGGGCCUGACAGCGGCAUGCGAUGUGCACAAUCUUCACGUACAGGGAGUGUGGACGCACGCAGGCGCUUGAUCUGAUUUAUUCUAACACCAAACUGUGUGUUAAUCUCUCCCUGUGUCACAUUUGUUUUGAUCCCUCUGUGAACCCCAUGCCAUACAUUUGGCAGAGCCUGGUGAGUUACGGUGGAGUUGGCUGCGGUGUGGGUUAACUGACUCCAUAACCUCACCUUCCUCUCCUCUGUCUGUCUGUCUGUCUGUCUGUCUGUCUGUCUGUCUGUCUGUCUGUCUGUCUGUCUGUCUGUCUGUCUGUCUGUCUGUCUGUCUGUCUGUCUGUCUGUCUGUCUGUCUGUCUGUCUGUCUGUCUGUCUGUCUGUCUGUCUGUCUGUCUGUCUGUCUGUCUGUCUGUCUGUCUCAUGGUCCUCCUAGCAGGUAGCACAAGGACACGAUCACACCACAGCCCUUGACCUAGAAUACCCACCUCUCUGUCUCCUUCCUCCAGCCUGUAGCCUAGCUAAUGGGACGGCAAAACCUCCGUCACAGUGACCCUGUGGAAGAGAGGAGAAUGGGCCAGAUUUCUCACACCCUGAGCUCCCCUCCCUGUCUCCCCCUGUCUCCCCUGUCUCCCCUAUCUUCCCCUGCCCCUCCCUGCCUCUCUCUGGCAUAGAAGAUGCUACAGCAGAGAUUAGACUUAGACUUGAGGCUCACAUGCUGUUUUCAUUGUUAAAUACCCAGCAGAUUAGAAAGAGAGGCAGACCAGGGCAAUAGGGAAAAGAGGAUUACCAGUAAAUAUGGACUGGUUCCUUUUCCCCACUUCAGAUCAGCAGGAAUGCCAUAAUAUUCUCUUAUUAAUACCAAUCGCAUAAUUAGAUUUGCUGGCACUGUAUUCAUUUUAUUCAUUGUAAGAACAACAGAAAACACUGUUUAAAUUGGUAUUAACAUUUGUUUUCUUUGCACCUGAUAUGUCAAGUGCACUCUUCACUGUAAUAUUCAUGAAAGCGUGUGACAGAUUUGUAAUUUCUGUCUUCCACUGCCAGGAUCUGAUUUCCAAGCAGCUUAAGUAGGAUUUAUUGGCCUGGAGAAAUAGUGUAGCACUGAAAAGUUAAUCGUUUGCUAAUUUGAAGACUGGAAGUGAAAAAGGCAGCAGCUUGGGGUUGGUGUUGUGUUUGGUGGCAGGUUCUGUUAAUUAAGAAGAGGACAAGCACAUUACUUUUACUCGUCAUCGCCUUAUAAUUGUUUAUCAUAAUCAAACAAAAGCGGUUUAAGGCAUUAUCUGAAUUUGGAGUGAUAGUGCGUAGUGUUGUCAUGUUUACCUUUAUGUAGGGUCAUUAUUGACUGGGGCUUGACUGGGACACUUUAUCUGUGGCUGUGUUAGAGCUUUAAUGAGAACGUGUUAUGUGGUAUAGUAACCCUCUUAACGGCCUAAUCAUUGGCUGGGUGGAGGGAGGUUUGGGCCUGGCCCAGACACAGGCACCGCUCCAGCCUCAUCUCCAGCCUCAUCUCCACCAUUUACAUUAAACAAAGGAUUAGGAGAAGCCCCAUGGCCUGCUCUCACACCACAUGACCAUUGAUAGGAUCUCUCCAACUUUGACUCAGGUCCAACAUUGUUUUUCAGGUGUGGGUUGAUGUGAGGAUGGUGAAACAUCCAGCAAACCUGUCGUAAAUACAUUUUGACGUCAGCUGUUUUGUCGUCCCAGUGUCAUAAAACUGUCUGACGUUUGACUAUGUGGCUUUCAAGUUUUCUGACCGGUCGUCCUGUUCCCUUUAUCUCUUCCACAGCAGAAUAAUGUCUUCCAAGCAAGCCACCUCUCCGUUUGCCUCCGUCACCGAUGGGGAGGAAGCCAUGAGUCAGGACCACCUGUCCUGGGAUAAGGAGGAGAGUGCCGAGGCCCACGGGACACCCCAGCUGCCCCUGCACAGCCUGCUCCACAGCAAGGGCUCCAUGGACGAACUGCAGCCCCUCAGCAGUGUCCCUCCAGAGAGUGACUGGGACAGCAUGGUGUCAGCCCAGCAGCGCAUGGUGAGAGACACCACCCUGUAGACCAGUAGACCAGUUGACUAGUAGACAUAUUACAUUUGCUAAAAAAUACAAAAAAAAUACAAACCAAUUAUUUUUGUUCCUAGAAAACAUACAUCCCAUAGAAAGAAGAAUCAUAUGUCUUAGCAGUUUUUUCCCCGGAUCUAUCUGAUAUAGGACCUAUAGCUAGCUACCUUACUGCUGCAAUAUCCUCAGUGUCAAUAUCCAUUUACUGUAGGUGACAGGCAAGCCAUCAGAAGGUUUCAGGGGGUACCGUAUUAUUGUCUCUGUACAACGUUGUCAGGGGUGAGGUAGAUUCCAGACAAUGUUCUGUAUUUUCCGUUGGUGACCUUCACCAUUAAUGACUUUCACCACUGUCUAGCCUCUGAAUGUGAGUAAGCCUCACACACACACACACACACACACACACACACACAAAACUGUCUUGUCACUGUGCCCUAGCAGAGAGGAAUUUCUCCCACAAGGACACGGUCACAACAGAGCCCUCUGAACAAUUUCAGUGAAGACUUAAGACCAUGCGUUCUGCCAAGCACUUGUCUUUGAAGUCUAAGCCCUCACAAGUGUCUUGAGAUCCUCCCCACUCUAAAAGAAGAGGACAACAACGUAUUGAAUUGCAUUUUAAUGUCACACACAGAUUUGAUGAAACUAUAAAUAUGGAGACAAUACGACAGUGGAACAAAGUCUCUGAGAGGGUAUCUGUUCUAGAGGGCCUGCCUGGGCCCCUCAGCCCCCCUAUCCGCCUGACUCCCUCACUGGAGGCUCUCUCUGGACCAGGAUGCACUGGGGCCAAGAUACAGGCUCAACAGCCACCCAUUGUUCUGUGCUUGUAAAAGGGAACUCUUCACAUGCCCAGCCCCUCCCUCCUCCUCCCAGCCAUGGGUACUGUCUCUAAUACUGUGAAGCCGUAGGGAUCCUGGGACCCUCAGAUAGGCAGCACCAAACCAACUAUAAUCAACUAUAGGUUAUUAUUAGUCUGAACAGGCCCAGUGAUUUUCAACAGUAAAACGUAUAGUUCAGUACACAGCAUCCCAAUAGAAAUGCAUACCACAGUAUGACAAAGGAAGACAGAACGGAAUGUUGCUACGCUUCUUCUUCGGCGGCUGCAUUAUUUUUGUCAUCAAAGAAACAUCUCCCACAAUAUGUGUUGUUGUGUACAUCUGCAGCAGGCCCCAGACAAUCUGUGGAGCUGCUUUGAUGUGUGCGGAGGAGAGAAGAGCAGAGGCACUUGUGGGCUGUAGCCGGGGAGGCAGGUGGUUGUUUGUGACAGACGGGCCUGCAGUAAAGAGACCCAGAGGGGCUCUGAAGUAGCCUUCCAGUGGGCCACCCCUCCAUACUGCAGUGGCUGCUGGGAGAGAGUCACUGCCCCCCGCUCCUCCUACCCACUCAUGUCCCAACCCCCAGCCCCGUCCCAGACCCUUUGUCCCAGCUUGUUUUCUAAGGAUGCUGGGCAGUCUGGAGACACUGUUCUUGCCAUCCAGUAUGUAAAUGACAGUCAGGAGAUUGCUCAGGUGGUCCGCUCUUCUGACAGGCUCUAAUUGGAUCACAGGGCCGCUAGUGAUGAAGGUAAUUAGAACGGCAUUUGAAAGAAUGUUUUGUGCAUUGUCUCCUGUUACUCACUGCAAUCACUUGACAGCCUCUUGAUAGAAUGAAAGGAACCGUAUGAAAAGUUCAUUCAAUUCAUUUUGGAUCUGAGGAGCUUGCAUUUAGUUUGCAUAAUGUUAAAUCAUUUUCAGUUUAUCAUUACUUCAAUUAUUAUUAUUUUAUCCAGAGACGAAAAACGAACGUUUUUGGUGCCUUUUUAACUAGUGCAUUACCAGCUAAUAUAUAACAUCUGUUGUCACAAUAAAUCCUUUAUUAUACCUUAAAAAACCUUUCCUAUAAGACAGCUAUGUAAGCCAGCUGUAAAAUGAUCUUGUUCUGGUUCAUUGUUCUGCAUUAAACAGAAAAUACAGCCAGACAUGGUGGAGACCUUGUGAAUUGAAGAGUUGUAUCAAACCGGAACACUGCCAGUUAAUGGAGUUUCUAGUCUGAGUAGAAUCUAUCAGAUGAAUGGUGGUGGCUGGCUGUGAUUUCAUACUGAGGAGCGACAUGAGGUCAAGGAAGGAGGUCUAGAACAUGGGGCCAUGACAAGUCUGGAGGUUAGUUAUAGAAAGACGAACACAAAUGUACCUCGAAGCUAGCAACAUUAGUUUUCCCCCACCACUGUCAAAUCACAGUUGGCUGUGGUUUGCCAUGGCCUUAGCUCUGCGUGACAAUGACUUUUUACCAUUAAAUUGAAAACAUUGAAAUUGGAAAAGUGAAGUGUCGAGAUCCUGUCAGCUCAAGUUGACUUGGUACAGAUGGCGCAUGGGAGAGGGAGUGUGAGAGGGGAGAAGGAGGGAUCGAGAGAGAGAGAGAGAGAGAGAGAGGCAGACGGCGAGAAGGCUGAAAGUGUUGCCUUUGCUGAUUACUUGACUCCACUGCUGUGCCAUACGUCUGUGUGGGCUGUGCCCUGAACCUGCGCCAGCUGAUUAACCCAGCGCCACUCCACUCCCCACAAGCACCCUCCACUGGCCCUGGCACAACCACAGCCACCCCUGCAUAAUCACCCCCAUCCUGCCCGCCCUGCGCUGGGUGUAGACCUUGCCGUGCCACCCCGGGCCCUGGUACUGAACCGAACUACCUCUCUGACUCCUCUGCCUGUCUGAGGAUACUACGCUGGGAUAAAAGAUCGGAACAGGAAUACCCAGUUUACACCACUGCAUGUUCUUUGGGAAUAUCAGCAGAUGCCACCCACUUCUCAACAUCGUUCUACCUUCUUGAUGUUCCUUUCUUCUUGGGUUGUCCACUUUCACCGUUAUCUGUGUGUCCUUCAGUAGAAUGGCUUCCUCCUUUAUGUAUGUGUUGAAGAUAUUGUGUUGUUUUGGGGUUAAAUGCCAGAUCAGGCAGUGUUAUACAUUACACACAGAACAGAGGUGAGAAUAAACAGAGGUAAAAGGGUUCAACUCUUGACAGCAGAAUUACCUGUUGUCUCCUCACUCUCUGCAAACCAUAAUUAAAACAGCCUUGUGUCUGAGGAGCCAUGACUCAAGUUCUCUCUCUCUCUCUCUCUCUCUCUCUCUCUCUCUCUCUCUCUCUCUCUCACACUCCUUCUCCUCCUUUUCUGUGUACAGAGAGCACUCAGCCAUCAGUCUCAGACAGGACCCUUAGUUAAAUACUAAACUACACACAGGUGGGACUGAAAAACAACAACAGCCUGAGACAGACACAGAUUUACGAUGGCCCGCAGCACUCAGCUGAGAAUUGGCCUCCGCUCGAAAAUGAACAAAUUACACAGCACUCACCCCAACACAAAUGUACACUCAAACACAAUUUGAGAAAUUAUAGUUGGGAGGUUUCUCUGUGUAGUUUCUCUGGAGGUAAAGUAGUGCCAGAGCACACGCACGCGCGCGCACACACACACACACACACACACACACACACACACACACACACAGACAGGGCUAUGCCCUCUGAAAGUGUCCCUCAUCAUUUCACUACACUAUUUUCACUUGCCAGAUCUCAUUUGAUAGAAGCUGUUGUUGUAUGAAAGCCAGAGAGGAGUCAUUUGAUAUGGCCAAAUCACCCUGGGCUGCCAAAGAACUAGCAAUCACUGCAUUUGACUAGAUCAACUGUCAACAGCCGAUAAAACUCAGAGACAGAGAGAAUACACAGGGAAAUACUAAUGAUUAAACCCAACCCCCUUUCUCUUUCCCCAUCCCCUCCCAACUUCUGUUUUCUUACAGGAAUCUGACAGCAAUAAAGUAUGUUCCCUGUACUCCUUCCGGAAUAACUCAACCUCCCCACACAAGCCUGAGGAGGGGGCCCGGGAGCGCGGCGACCUGCUGAGCGGAUCUGCGUUCGGAACGCCGGAGCGCCGCAAAGGAAGCCUGGCCGAUGUGGUGGACACACUGAAGCAGAAGAAGCUGGAGGAGAUGACGAAGACAGAGCAAGAUGGUAGGACACUAAGAACCUAUGUGUUUGUGUGUGUGUGUGUGUGUGUGUGUGUGAGGGAGUGUGUAUGAAUGCUUCCUUUUUCAAAUGGCGUCAAACUUUUUCUCUCUCUCUCUCCCUCCCUCUCUCUUUCUCUAUCAUUCUAGUUUUUUCUUUCCCACUCACUCUCUCUUUUAAUUAAACACACACAAACGCGCGCGCACACAUACACACAUACACACAGACACACACAGACAGAGGCUGGGAGGACUGACGUGACUGUGUUUCCAGUUUGUUCUGAACCCUUUCCAGAGUGACAAAGAGUGGGUGGCACUACACCUCAUCUUAAGUGUGGUCUCCCCCCACUGCCAAGGCAAACUCUCAGGCCGUAAAACACAUGCCGCCAACCUGACGCCAGGAACAUUACCUUUUCAUUCUUCAACACAGAAAGCUCUUCACUAAGGGCAGCAUUCAUCAGUCAAAGUCAACUACACCUACAGACUAAAUGAGUCCUCUCCUUGGCUAUUAACAGGGAUACCUGUGCCAAUUUAAUUAAUUCAGUUUGCUGUAUCAUAUAGUACGUAAUUUCCUCACAUAUCAAAUGCACUUAAUAGAACUCUAUUUCACCCUAUGGUAGCCCUCCACUCCCUAGUCCUAUAUGUUAUUUGACAGAACCCCACAGCACCUUCUGUCACCCCCCACUUCUCUCCCUCAGACUGCAGACUGUAAGGAGGACGCACAGCAGAAAAACUAA